AUGAUUGAAAUUAUCCCGGCAAUAGACCUGAUCGGCGGCCAGUGCGUCCGGCUGACGCAGGGCGACUACGACCGCCGUACCACCUAUUACAAAGACCCGCUCGACGCGGCUCGACGCUACGAGGACUGCGGCAUCCGGCGGCUGCACCUGGUCGAUCUGGACGGGGCCAAGGCCGCGCACCCGGUCAACCUGAACGUGCUCGAACGGAUCACCGUUUCGACCUCGCUGCAAGUGCAAUACGGCGGCGGCAUCAAAAACGCCGAAGCCCUGCGCGACGUAUUCGGCAGUGGGGCCGCCCGCGCGAUCUGCGGCAGCAUCGCCGUCACGCAGCCCGAUGCGUUCCGCGAGUGGCUGGCCGAAUUCGGCUCCGCGAAAAUGAUCCUCGGCGCAGAUACCCGCGACGGACGGAUCGCGAUCAACGGCUGGCUCGAAGCCGCUACGGUGGGAGUCGAAGAACUGAUCGGAUCGUUCCGCGACGCAGGACUGUCACAGGUGAUCUGCACCGACAUCGCCAAGGACGGUAUGCUUUCAGGCCCCGGCGGCAUCAGCUCAUGGGAAGACAUCGAAGAACUCGAUCGGAACGGACUGCGCAGCGUCGUCGUCGGCAAGGCGAUCUACGAAGGACGGAUCCGUUUCGAACAGCUCGAAAAAUACAUGCUUACAGACGGGCAGACGGUCAAGGGAAUCAAUUUCCUCGAACUGCGCGGCGUCGGCGACCCGGUCGAACUGGGACGCAGGUAUGCCGAAGAGGGAGCCGACGAACUGGUUUACCUCGACAUCAGCGCGUCGAUGGAAGGGCGCAGGACUUUUGCCGAACUGGUGACGCGCAUCGCCGCGAACAUCAACAUCCCGUUCACGGUCGGCGGCGGCAUCGCGUCGGUCGAAGACGCCGGACGGCUGCUGACCGCCGGGGCCGACAAAGUGACCGUCAACAGCGCGGCCGUCAAUAACCCCGAUCUGAUCAGCGAUAUCGCGUCGAAAUACGGCAACCAGUUCGUCGUCGUGGCGAUCGACGCCAAACAGAUCGACGGCCGGUGGCGCGUGACCACGCACGGCGGACACCGGCUGUCGGACAAGGAACUGUUUUCGUGGGCCGCCGAAGCGCAGCGGCGCGGGGCCGGCGAGAUUUUAUUCACGUCAAUGGACCACGACGGCACGAAAAACGGCUACCCGUGCGAAACCUACGCUCGGCUAUCACAAAUGCUGUCGAUCCCGGUGAUCGCUUCGGGCGGAGCCGGAACCGCGCAGCACAUCGCCGACGUAUUGACCGAAGGGCGUGCCGACGCCGCCCUUGCCGCCAGUAUUUUCCAUUAUGGGGAGAUCCCGAUCCCCCGCCUGAAACAGGAGUUGAACAAACUGCAUAUACCUGACGACAAUACGCGCCAAGUCCUGAUGCUGGGCUACAUGAAUGAGGAAGCCUACGACAAAACCGUGGCGAAGGUCGCCGGUAACUUCCUGAACGUCAAAAGCAUCGUCAAAGACUGCGACGACGACACGCUGUUGAUCCGCGUCGUACCGGUCGGCCCGGUUUGUCACAAGGGAACGAAAACCUGUUUCGGCGGACGCGAAAACGAAGGAUUCAUCGGCGAGCUGCAAAGCGUAAUCCAGCAGCGCCACCGCGAAAUGCCGGAAGGUUCGUACACCACGAAACUGUUCACCAAAGGCGUUAAGAAGAUCGCACAGAAAGUAGGCGAAGAAGCGGUCGAAACCGUCAUCGAGGCAGUAGCGAACAACAAUACGGACGUGGUUUACGAAGCAUCCGACCUGAUCUACCACCUGCUCGUACUGCUCGAAAACCAAGGCCUGUCGAUCGCCGACCUGGAAGAAGAACUGGCCGAACGACACAAGUAG